UGUCUUUCUAUCUAAGAUCACUGUCAUCAAACACAACACAAUUUUUUGUUUUUUAAAUUCCAUUAAUUUUUUUGAAUUACCCUUUUGUCCUCAUUCACCCACUAGCAAAAUCACCUUUUUAGUUUUAUAAACCAAAACAUCUUUCAAUUCCAAAACCACCAAAAACACCAUUUUCCAUGGCUUCCAUGGCUACCCUUUUCUCCAAAACCUCUCUCCCUUCGCACUCUUUAACCAAAUCCUUCGACACCCAUUUCGCUCCUUCCAUAAGGGUCAACGUAGCUAUCAAAAACAAGGCGAAAAACCAUCCGAAACUCCGUGUUUCGAGUGGUUUGAUUGAACCGGAUGGUGGAAAGUUGGUGGAGCUUGUGGUGGAGGAUGGUAAGAGGGAUUUGAAAAAGGGUGAGGCUUUGUCACUUCCGAGGGUGAAACUUUCGAGGAUUGAUGUUGAAUGGGUACAUGUUUUGAGUGAAGGAUGGGCCACACCGUUGGGUGGGUUCAUGAGAGAAAGAGAGUUCCUCCAAACGCUUCAUUUCAAUUCACUAAGACUCGAUGAUGGGUCUUUUGUGAAUAUGUCUGUUCCGAUUGUUCUGGCUAUUGAUGAUGAGCAGAAACAUCGGAUCGGUGAUUCUAAAAAAGUUGCUCUUUUUGAUUCAAAGGGUAACCCUAUUGCUAUUCUGAAUGACAUCGAAAUUUACAAGCAUCCUAAAGAAGAAAGGAUAGCCCGAACUUGGGGAACAACUGCCCCCGGACUACCUUAUGUUGAAGAAACUAUAACUAAUGCUGGAGAUUGGCUGAUUGGUGGUGACCUAGAGGUUAUAGAACCAAUCAAGUAUCAUGAUGGACUUGAUCAUUUUCGGCUGUCACCUUCAGAGCUCCGUGACGAGUUCACAAGGCGUAAUGCGGAUGCUGUGUUUGCCUUCCAGCUCCGGAAUCCUGUCCAUAAUGGACAUGCUUUGCUAAUGACUGAUACACGCAAGCGGCUUCUUGAUAUGGGUUACAAGAAUCCAGUCCUCUUGCUUCAUCCACUUGGAGGCUAUACCAAAGCUGAUGAUGUUCCCCUUGAUUGGCGAAUGAAACAACAUGAGAAGGUACUUGAGGAUGGUGUUCUUGAUCCAGAGACAACAGUGGUGUCCAUAUUCCCAUCUCCCAUGCACUAUGCUGGACCAACUGAGGUGCAGUGGCAUGCAAAGGCUAGAAUCAAUGCAGGGGCAAACUUCUACAUUGUUGGCCGCGACCCUGCAGGCAUGGGCCAUCCUCUUGAGAAAAGAGAUCUAUAUGAUGCUGACCAUGGAAAGAAAGUAUUGAGCAUGGCACCUGGACUCGAGCGCCUUAACAUUCUUCCUUUUAGGGUUGCCGCAUAUGACAAGACUCAAGGUAAAAUGGCAUUCUUUGAUCCAUCAAGGCCCCAGGAUUUCAUCUUCAUAUCUGGCACAAAGAUGCGCACACUUGCUAGGAACAAAGAAAGUCCUCCAGAUGGAUUUAUGUGCCCCGGUGGCUGGAAAGUACUAGUCGAUUAUUAUGAUAGUUUAGUACUUUCAAGCAAUGGAAAAGUUCCGGAAGCUGUUCCGGUGUAAUGUUGUACUUUAAUGUAUACCCGAUUGGGAGAAACCUUUAAGUUUAUGUUUUCUCCUCUGCUAAGACACUGAUUUCAGAAAGAUCUUUGUUGCCUAAUCCCUAAUAAAAUGAAAAGUUUGGGAUGGCAUUUGCAUAGAGACACAUUGCCUCUCUGUAAGUAUGGCUUUGUAGUGUUGCCUCUUGCAGUUAUAGUGCCACCUCUUUGUAAUAUAUUAUUGUGUGAUUGUGCAAAGGAUUUGGUUUGGUUUGUGUUUA